AUGCAAAACAAUACAAAUUAGAAUGUUAGCUAGCCUAACUCAUAAUAGCAACACCCCUAUAAUGUGGAAUAGACUAACUAAUCUAAUACAAGAGAUAACUAUCAUUAUGAAAAGGGUAUGAGAGCCUUAAGAAAAUAUAAAAAAAUUGCAUGGUUUACAGGCAUUUGUGGAUUUUUGCUUUUAAUCGUAGGCAUAGUUAUGCCUAUUAUAUUAAUAAACUUCAUCAAAGACUAGGCUAAAUAAUAAGUUGUGAUGCAGUAAAGCAAUUAUGAUUAAUGGGGAUAAAUUCCUGGAGAUACUGGAAUGGUCUUGGAGCGUCAGUUUACUUUUUUUAACUGGACUAAUGCAGAAAGAUUCUUUAUCUAUGGUGAUAAGCCUACUUUGAAUGAAAGCUAGACAGUCUACUACUAAGAGUUUUAAAACUUUACUAAUCCUUAAUACAAUGAAGAUGGCUCUAUUGUCAGUUAUCAGUUUUAGGAAUUUUUUUUACCAAUCAAAGGUUCUACUGGCGAAGAACUUCAAACCGUGGUAAAUCUUGGUCCUAUGGGUUUCUGGUAUUAAAUAAAACAAGCCUCAAGAGUUCAAGUUGGUUCUCAAGCUUUCUAUGGAUUAAUUAGCGGAUUGGUUGAUUAACUUUUAGAUACUAUCGAUAUUGGUGUAAUGUCUUAGACUUAAAUUAAUACAAUAGAUAAUUGGAAAAAAUUUCUUUAAGUAGGUGAUUAAUAACCUUUGAUAUAAUAAAUAGUAAAUGUAUAGGACUUUAUAUUUAAUGAUCCAAAUUACGGUAUUCAUUCUAACUCCUAUAUUUGGAUGGUUGCUUUUAAGGAAAUGAUAAGUAGUUAGUAAAAUAAACCAACUUGUAUGUUCCUAGUUAAUUAUUUUAAAAUAAACUACAAUAACCUCUCAUCAUUCUUUACUAUAAAACAUGAUGAUUUCUAAAACAGCAUUAAUGCAGGAAGGUAAUUACUUGUUAAAGGUUAAUUUGAGUGUACUUAGACAGAUGAGCAACUAAUUAGAGCUUGUCUUGCAGCUGGGUAAUGGUCUGCUACGAAACUAGGUAUGUCUAUUGUAGAAUAGAACAAAACCACAACCGGUUUCCCUGAAAUAAAUUUUUUUUAGGAAAACUAUUUUAAAGAUUAUAUUGAUUCUUCUGACGUAUAUCAGAAAAUAUAAUUUCCUUAGGAGUGGGCUGAGAAAGUUACUUAUUAUAUUUAAAACCCAGUGGACAAUACUGAUUUCACAAAAAAUACAAACACAUUACUUAAUUAAGGUAAUUUAGGCGUACUUUAUACUAACGGAGAGUUAUAUGAUAAAACAAAGGAAAUUAUUUAUCUAAAAACAAUUGCUGAUCGCUUUGAAAUCAAUGAACAAUACUUUGGGUAAAAUUACUUAGAUGCUGCUUACUUGUUUUGGGAAUAUGCAAAAUACAUAGUUGAUAUUUUUGCUGAAUCAAAAAAUUAUAAAAAUGGUGGUUCUGCUGUUGCAGGUUUAACAGGUGCUGCCAGCUAAGGCUUGUACACAGUAUUCUCAGAAACAUAAGAUAUAUUAGCCAUAACAUUAAUUUCACCUAUGAUUAGAAUUUACUUCAAAUUAAAUAAUAUAGCUGAUUGUUAAGCCUUUCAAAAUUAUGUAAAUACAAAUUUAAAUUCGUAAUAUCAAUUAUGUAUAGAUGCAUCACCUUUUAAAUAAUUUGGAUCAGAUUAAAUGGAUUCAAUGAAAGUCUUAUACGAAUGUAAUAUGUAUGGUGGAUUCUCAGAAUAUUGUAAUAGUUUAAAUGUUCUAUUUGGAAAUAAAAAUUUUAUAUAACAACUUACUUCUGAUGCUUUGCCUUUAAUUUAGAAGGCAAUAUAAUUUGCUGAUUCAUAAAUGCAAACUGCUUAUAAUUGUUAAAAUGAGGUCUAAAAAAAAUGUUCCUAUUAUGAAAUUGCUGUUAAAUAAUGGUACAAUAUGGAAAUUAUUCGUAACAUUCCUCCAAUCUUAAUAUAAGCUGGAUUUCCAAAUCCAGGUACUGAUACUCUAAAGUAAUGGGCACAUGAAUUACCACAUGCCUAUGAAUGGGGUUAUUACGUAGAGCAUUUCAAAGACACCUUUACCUAACCUCCUCCUUAACUGAGCUAUGAUCAAUUAGUAUAACUCUUAGGUUUUGACUAUUUAUUUUCUGGAACUAGAUAAAUACAAAUGUUCUUGAUUGACACAAAUUUUGAAACUACCUAUUUCUUCUAAGAUCCAAACUAGAUAAGAGAUUAUUUAAGAUGGAUUACAGCAUUCACUGCUUUUGGAUUAACUCAGACUAGAAAAUCUAAUGAUUUACUCUCUGGAUACAAAGAUGAUUUCUUAUAUAAUAUUGCAAGUAUGAAUCCUCAAGCAGGAGGAGAUCCUUCAACUGGAUAUAUGUUAAACUUUAAUGAUAUAAAUAUGACUGAAACAAGUUAAUUCUAAUCAUAAGCUAUGUACACAGGAAAGAGUAAUUACGAUCAAGUUAGACAAUAUUAAUAAGUAAAUGGCUUGGAAUACAUUUCAUUUUUAAAACCUUCAUUUGAUGGCUUUUAAGUCCACUAAGAUUUUGUUACUCCAUGGGCCAAAAAUAUUCCAAUUGUUGGUACAGAUGCUGGUUCAAAUCAACCUGACGUAGGUAAGCAUACUAACCUUCCAAUUUUUGUCACAACUGUGUAUACAGGAGGUUAUGUUGCAAAUACUGGUAAAGAGCAAGAAUUCCAUGGAAUUAAUACCUAUAAAUAUGAAAUUUCAGGAUGCAUUAUGAGAAAUGCUUCAGUAUGUUCUUAAAAUGCAGAUGUUUAUUCUUACUACUACGAUUAUGCUAUUAAUCUAACUUCCAUAUUAUAAGCCCCAGUAUUCAAUACUAAGACACAUAUGUAUUAAAUGCAACCAAAUAUGAGUGAAAGAAUCGUACUUUAUAACAAGGAUGGUAAUCUAUAGUAUCCUAAUGAAUGGGAUGACACUUAAAUGUAUGUAGAGCCUUACACUGGAGUUUCUCUUGGUAUUACUUUGAAUCUUUAAGGUGUUUUACUUUUUGAGCCAGAUCUUUUAUUCAAUAAGAUUAAAGAACCAGUUAUGAUUCCAUUCUUCUACGUUUAUCGUUCUGGUAACUUUACUCAAGCCAAGGUUGAUGAUAUUUACGGAGCUUUGAAAGCUGGUUUACUUAUUUAAUAAUUAGUCCUAUAUAUUGGUUGUUCUCUUGGUGCAAUUCUUUUGCUUGCUUUUGCAUAUUCAAUAUUUGCAAUUAGAAAACUUAAAAAAUCUAUUAAGCCAUCAUAACUAGUAGAAGAUAUUGCUAAAGAAAACGAAUAGAGAUUAUUAAGUUCUCAAACAUAUCUUUGA